GCCCACUUCUCCAGCCUGUCUUUCGUGGCGCCCCGCAUUCAACCAUCCCAUCGCAAGCCAAGUCAAGGUUCCGAUUCUAGGCCUUCGGCGUUUCCAUGCCUGCUUCACCUAAAGUUUAACACUCACAUGACAUUUACAACCUCUUCCAACUCUACUACUCAACCGUAAAAAAAACCCCUUCCUCUCAGGUCUUAUCCUCCACGGCAAACAUCAUCAACCACCCACACACAAUGGCGAACCGUCAGAUGGCCCGCGACAUGCAAGUCGAGUUCCAGGCUCGUUUCCAAGCCAAGCAGGCUCGCCGCGAGGCCCAGAAGGCAGCCAAGCAGGACCCUAUCCUGAAGAAGCAGAUCCAGGACCUUCUCAAGAAGGGCGAGACGCAGAAGGCUUACCAGAAGGCCAAGAUGCUGCUGUCGAAGCAGGCGCUUGCCCAGCAGAUGGAUCAGAUGGCUGAUAUGGCCGAAUUGUCUGCUGCGCAGAUUCAGGCCAACAACUCGAUGAACCGCAUGACACAGAUGAUGGCCCAGUCAUCACGAACUAUGAACGUGGCCCAGAAGAACACCAACCCCGAAAAGACCCUCGUUACUCUUGAACAGUUCAAGCAGCAAAACGAAGAAUACGCCAUGUCCAACGGCAUCUACCAGGACGCCAUCACCCAGUCUACCUCUACCCAAGUCGGCGAGGAUGCUGUCCACGAACUUCUCGGCAAGCUUGCCGACGACGCUGGCCUUGAGCUCAGCAAGGAACUCAACCAGGCGACACCUUCUAACGCCGAGCCUCAGCAGACUAACGAGCCUACCGCCGAGGAGGAAGAUAAGCUCCAGCAGAGGCUGCGAGCCCUGCGCGCAUAGUUUUGCCUUCCACAAGAGAACUUGCUGGGUUUGGGACAUUUGAAUGUCCGUAAUUUUAUGCGAUAGGGCGGCAUGACAGAUACAUCACGAUCAACUUUCGGAGAGGUGCGUUUUCUUGGUUAAGGCUUGGCGUUGGGGCUUUGGUGGCGACAUAAAUUCAUCUUCAUCUCCAACUUCGAGAAUGAACGCAAUUUUUCUUUAUUCUUUAUCAACAUCAUACAUUAGACAUGACACUCGCUCUGCCUUUUCUCUUAUAUGCUCGUGACGUACAAAUGCCAGAUACUCCAAACCAUGCUGGGCUUACAUGU